AGCCCGUCUGUGACGUAGGCAUGACGCAGCUUCAAGAAAGUGAUGUUUAUUUUCAAGUUUCCUCCAGUGCAAGGUUUUGAUUCGCACGAAAGCGAGUGGGUGCUGACUUGUUUCAAUUCAAAUCGCGAUUUAAAAGAUUCUUUCAGUGCAGUUUCCAGUUGAAAUUUUCGAGAAAACCAGGAAGAGGAAAAAGAAAAAAUGAUUGUUGCGCGUGGGACAAUAUUGCGAAUUCCCCCGAAGUGAGGUGGCAGGCAGAUCUCCGAUUGGACGAAACAAGCCCUUGUGCAUGUGACCUCUUCACGUUCAUGCAAAACUCGGAGAUUCUAAGUUUAUUUGUCUCGCUAUCACAUUAGAACAACAAUAACAAAUUUAACAACCAGUGGUUUCAAUGCUUUCAAAUGUUUACGAAAGAUAUCAUUGUCGAGUGCAUGUCUUCGAUGUUCAGUGCUUAGGAAAGUGCUUGAAAAGUGAAAGAGUGAGAAAAACAAAGUAAGGGAAAGAGGUAGGCGAUGUUGUCAGUUGUGGCCCUGUCGGGUCGAGCCAGUGUAUUUUGCUGACGAAAGUCAUGGUCACCAGGCGCACGGGUAACUCUAUUCUCAAACCUGCUAAACAAACCUCAGACUCCGAUCGAAGAGGAUUGUGACAUGUUUUUCGGGACUAGAUGGGAGCGUAGAGUUUCUAAUUUCUUUGUAUUCGACUUUUCGAACAUCAGUUAAUUUUCGAAGAUAGGCCAUUUUUGAUUGUCCAUAAAGUGUAUAUAUAUAUAUAUGUAAGCUAGUUCGCACUGUCAUCGAGUGGUCGUUGUCCUCCUACGCAAACGUUGCUUGGACACGCGUAUCGGAGUCCUGCCCUGUUCCUAUACGUCUCCUUACGUUUCCUACUUUGGAUUUUCUAGCACGUAUCAAUACAUUAGUGACAGUGCCAAUACUAAUACCACGCGCCAUCGGGUCGCAGAUGGACCCUCCCUACCAUCAUCCAGUCGCUUUGUUUACGUUCCCAGUGGUCUGCGAGCAGCAUCUGCUGCAUGCUCGAAUAUGUAGUAGCAACAACUAGUGUAGUGACAACUUUUUCCCGGUGAGAAAACGAUAUAUACUUCGUAAAAAUAUACCUAUUUUCUGCAAUUUUACGUUGUCGAAAACCGAUCCUUCUGAAAGUGUUCGACCUUAAUGAUCAAAACGUGAGAGUAGCGGUGGGGGAACUCAUGGAAAUUCAACGUAAACAAAGAGACUCCAGACUCUGAUGCUUUGAGAUUGGAAGGUUUUUAAAUAAACGAAGCUUGUGAUCCCUUGAAGAAAUGGGAGACUCUGCAUAUCCGGAAUUUAUGCUGGAGGUUGGAAGCAACGCGAUGGACAAUAUAGUGAAGCAAGAGCCUCAAACGGAGAUGGGGACGUCGGCGUCUGUUCCCAUCCCCGGUGGACAUCGAGGAAUAAGAGGUGUUUAUGACCAAUUUUCACCUUCACCGCUGGCGGUAUCGUCGGUGUGGGGUACAAGACCAGACCAAAUGGAUUCUUCUUUUAAGAUGGACUCACUUCAAUUAGAUACGUCAUUUAAGAUGGACGAUGACGAUAUCUUCCAAGUAGACAAAGCAGAUCUCAUACAGGGUCCAACGCUCGCCGAACUUAACGCCAAUGAUGAUACGCUUCUGGGGGAUUUGAAUUUUGACGAUCUCCUCUUACCAGAAGAGAGGAUUCAAUUCAGGAUAGGAAUCGACAGUGUGCCAUCUACCAGUUCUUUAUACACUACCAGUGGACCUGGGUUCGCUCCAAGCAGUUUUCCUCAAUCAGCGCAGUCAUUUCGUAGUUGUCCACCUUAUGUUAAUACUUCUGGUUUCAAUCUCAAUGGUGGGGUUGGUCUUGUAGACAGUUUUGAAACUGUCAGUCCUCCUGCAUUCCCCAGUCCUGGAACCAGCAAUGUUGCAGGAAGUUCCACGGCUAGUUCAUCAACUUCUCCACAUCCGACAACCAGACCCACAGGGCAAUCUACUCUCCACGAAUUGUUGAUGAAAAAAGGCGAUAACCCUCCAAGCAGUCCGAUGUAUAGUCAAAUGGAUUCGGUUGCUGGAUCGUCUAGUAAAAGCAAAGUUUCGAGGCUUUCUAUGUCAGCACCAACCCAGUCUAUGGGGUUAGAACAAAUCUGGGCUCGCCGGGAACCCAGACCUCAUUUACUGAGUACAGGAAGUACAGCUGGUUUAGGUUUAACUGAAGCAGGUUCAACGAGCAGUUUAAGUACUGGUGGUGCUUUGAGUCCUGAUCCGCUAGGACAUCUUGAUCCUCUUAGCCAUGACGAAGGAUAUGAGGAUAGUGACGACGACAGCGAUCAUUACGAUGAUUAUAGCAGUGACAAUGGAACAGGUGGCAGUGAUGGUGAGGAUCAAGGCAGUAUAGGUAGAGGCGGUGGUGGCAGUGAGGCAGCAAGAGAAGCUGCUAGGCAGAAGAAGGAAAGAUACUUCUGGCAGUACAACGUUCAAGCGAAGGGACCAAAAGGCCAACGAUUAGUCGCCAGAGCACGUUUGGAAGAUCCUCAUGUUUUAAAUGAGGCCACAGAUCCUGUUUUUAGUCCACAUUGUGCUCUUAGAGGCAUCAAACACAGCGGAAAGGCAAGAAAGGGUGAUGGAAAUGAUCUUACUCCAAAUCCAAGAAAACUGUACAGCAUUGGUCGAGAGUUGGAUAAACUCUCUCGUGUUAUCAACGAUAUGACUCCUGUUUCCGAACUGCCAUUUACUGCACGACCUAAAACAAGGAAGGAAAAAAACAAAUUGGCAUCGCGUGCCUGUCGACUGAAGAAAAAAGCUCAACAUGAAGCGAAUAAAAUUAAGCUUCACGGCCUGGAACAAGAGCACAGGAGGCUUAUUCACGGAAUAUCCCAAAUAAAACAGACUCUAGCUGCGAAACUGACUGAGCCGAAUCCGGAAGUUCAGGAAGAGCUCACCCGCCAAAUGGACAAAUACUGUAAAUUGGCUACAAAAGUACGGAUAGCGAAUCAUUCUACAGAUUUUGUGAACAAAGUGCUGGAUAAAGUCAGAUCUGGAGUACCUGAUGGAGGUAUCGAUGAGUUUUAGUAUAUCUUUUUCGCCGUAGUGGUAAAACACGUAGAUAUGAAGGGCUUGCCAGGCGCCUUAUACUGCGAGAAAAUUCGUUUGUUCAAGAUAAUCGACAGGUCGUAAAAAGUUACUGUUCCCGGUAAGCCUUAAUUAUGUUCACCCUUGAAGUUUUGUCUCUGUGAUAGAAUGCAAGAAUGCCCAACUACUUAGUUAUUUGGAAUAAGCAGAAUGCAGUGGCGGACUGGCGUGGAUAUACGGGGUUACCACCUUCUCUCGCCCCCUUCGCUAGGCGCCUUCCUAAGUGCGCCAGCGCUCUCAAAAGUAAUUUUUUUAAAGUAAGUAUUUCUAGAAGAAUCCUAUUAAAAAUUAAGGGGAAAUAAACUGUAGAUUUCGAGAAAAAUCUAUUUGUUUUGAAAAGUUCCGUUGCAUCCUAAGAGAGGGUGUAGCCCAAUCCACAGCUGAAUAAAAGAAUAAUCUAAGUAUUUUCAGCAAAAUACAACAAAUUUUCUGGACACAAAGUUUUUUUUUGGUUGGCUUCAUCACCAUUUUCAGCAAAAAUACUAGAGUUUUAAUGCAAAACCUGAAAAAUAUUAUUUCAAUUCAACAUGCAAAUAUGUACAAAAUCUAGUUCAAAAUUUUAUUUCAAAUAGUAAAUAUGAUUAUAAAUGUUGCCAACUUGACAGGAAGCAGAUUAGCUGAACAUUUUAAAUCAUAUCGGCAACCUCUACCAAAAUACUGAAAUAAGAAAAACAAAAAAAUUCUUGGUAAUUAGAAGAAUACUCGCUUUAGAAUUUGGGCAGUAAAUAACCCGUUAAAGAAAAAUUUGUUUCAUCGAUUGUUUAAAAUUCUGGCAAAUACUUUUAGGUUGAAGUUGGUUAAAGUUCAUCGUAUGUUAAUUUAUUAAUCAAGUAACGUUAAUCUAUAUUCAUAGAAUAUAAAAAAUUAGCUGUUAAUGCGCCCGUGCUUGGAAGCAGCAGUCGUCAUUAUUGUUUUCUUCCGAAUUUUUUAGAAACAUUUUAAGUUUUUUAGCAUAUUUUCACCAAAUAAGUUUUGUAUGUGAGAGCGGACAUCGAGGAGCGUUUAAUGUUAGAAGUGUAGUUCAAAUUAGUUAUUAAUUUUCGAAACAGUGUAAAUACGGUAAUUUAAAAAUAACUUCACGUGACAAAUAUGUUUUGACUUUCUUAUUUUGAUUUUAUUGAAACGUUUUUAAAAGUACCUGCGCCUUAUAAAUUAUAAAGAUAUUCACUUUAUUGUUAUUUGAUUUUUACGACCAUUGUUUAUUCUUUCUGUGAAAUAGACGUCUGCCUUUCAAGUAUGGAGUAGUGGCUGACUUGGUCUACCUCAAAUGAAACGCUAUACCUGUGUAAAAAAAAAUAGUUUGAACGAGAAAUUAAUAUAAAUUUAUAAUGUUACAAUAUAGAAAUAUAUACACGAGUAAGUGUGUGUGUGUGUGUGUGUGUGCUUUGGUGAGUGCGUGCGUGCGUAAGGAAGAAAUAUAUAUUUUAAUGUAAAAUAUUAGAGAAUGUAGCUCUGGCAGCGCUUCUCAUUUAGAGUUUACAUGUGUCACGUUUGAUUUUUAAAUAUAUUUUAUUAAUAUAUUCCAUACGUAUCUACGAUAAUAAUAGUUUCCAUGCUCACGAUAGUGCAGCUCGCGUCAAUUCAAAUUGCCUAUGAACUUAUUGAAAUCGAGGUAGAAUUUAACAAUUAGCGUUUCGAAUGAUAAUAUUCUUUUGUAGCGUAAAAGGUACUGCACAGGUGUUUUUUAUAGGAAAAAUAUUUUUAUCAGUCAGCACUCAUGUCAUGAAUAAUAACUUUUUUUAUUUUCUUACAUAAGAUUGUUUUAUGCUUAAGGCACAAAAAACAUAAAAGUUGUGACAAGUUAGUUUAAUUUUGUUGGAAAAUUUUUGAUUUUCAUUCUUUAGUUAAACAUAACAUUAUGGUGGCCGAAACGACCAAAUGUUUAGAAUUUUGUUUACGGCUGUCCUCAGUUUUGCUAGAAAAUACUUUUUUUUGUAAAUUCCGUCUAAAACGUGAAAAUAUAUCAUUUGCAUAGGCUGUCUUUUUAUAAUCUUAUGGAAACUCAUGAAUAGAUACAAAAUUAAAAAAUUGUAUGCAUUUUUUCAUUUCUUUUAAAUUGUUCAAAUAACUUGUUUUCACAGAAUACGUUUAAUUGUAUUUUUGUUUCAGUAGUUUAUUUGUGGUUUAAGCAAUUUAAAAUGGUUAAAGUGCAACUUUUGAUGAGAAAAAGCUAGAAAAAUUGCUUUUCUUUUGCUAAUGUUUCAACAAAUUUCAAUUUUUUCUCCUAAUUAUUUUUUUCAGCACAAGUAAAAAAUGAACAAAUUUAUAAUAGUUCUAAUAUCUAAGCAUUUUAUCGUUAUACUGAUUUAAGCCAUGUAAUUCAUAAGUACCAUUCAUUCGUGAUGUUAUGUAACAAAAAUUGGUUAAAGAAGUUAAAAAUUAAUUAAGAAAUACAUUAAAAUCUUAUAAUUCAGUCAUGAGGAUUUAUGAAAAGGAAAUGAGAAAAAAAUAAUACGGCCAUUAAAAUUCCAUUGCACUUUCAUAGAGUAGUUUUUGGGGCAUCAUAAAAGCAGUUUGUGGGCUGUAGUAAAGCGUUAAUACAUUUUUAUAUUAUUGCAUUAAUGAAGGAUUCGUUUUUCUUGAAGAAAAUUUGCAUGCAAUAAUGAAAGGAUUUCUGCUACUUAUUUAUUUUACAUUUUCACGUUUCAGUCAGAAUUGACAGAAAUGUGUUUUUCCCGGAGUUGUACCUUUGGAAAACUUCAUCGGCUGAGUGGCGCGUGUUAAUAUUGAACAAUUAAAUAAAAUGUGUUCGCUUAUUUUGAGAACCAAAAAUAACUGGGGAAGGGGACGUAAUUUUUUUAAACUUUUUGCUUUUUGGUUCGAGGGGUUAACUAUUUGUUUCUGAAAUUUGUUGAUUUCAUUCGAAUUAUGUGGAAAUAUGAAAAUUGCAAGUGCUGGUAACCAUUCGAGGUCACCCUAAUAUAACAUGUAGGUAGAGAAAAUUUCGCUUGCAUGAAAAAUUCUGAAUUUAAUUCAAUAUUAUCCAUCGUAAUUUUUUUUGAGGAUAAUUUGUGAUAUCUACUUUAUUUGACUUGGAUUAAAAACUUUAUUUUCUACGAUUGCAUUUUCGAUUGAACACAAUCAAUACCUGAUCAGUAUCCUUUACAGUAAUAUUAAAGAAAUUGUUAUUGCGAAAGUAAGUCAUAUUAAUAGUAAAAAAAAGUUGAAUAUUACCUAACCAAACACUUUUCAAUUUACAAGACGUAACGCUUAACUAUUAAACGAUAUUGUACUUGGAAGAAAAAGAGAAGGGAUUAAAUAUCGACAAAACUCUAUCUUUUUUGUAAGAAAAAUAUUUGAUGAAAGUAGUUGACUAGUUUGUUCGGAAGUUUUAUUUUUUUAAUGAUUAUAUUUUACACUGAGAGUGAAAGGAUAGAAUCAUGGCAGAAUUUUGAGCCCAAGCUUUUUUCGGAAGGUAAAAGAAAAUCAAAUAGAUGUUUUCUAUUUUACGGUAUCUGGUAUUUUAUUCACAUUGUAUUCGUAAUAUUUGUUCUAUGACAUACGUGUGUAUAAAUAAGGAAUACAUCAUCUGUACAUGACUAUAAUAAUAAAAUUUGUAAUAAGUUAAAAUCACAUCAGGCAAACACUAUUUUUAAUUACGUGGAUGUCUACAAAAAUGUUUUGGUUUUCGUAGACUAAAAAACGGUGCUACGUAUUCGGUUUUGCCAGUCAACAACAGCAAAAAGCGAAUGCACUUUGGUUUUGUGCAAAUUACAUUAAUCUGUACACUACAGUUCAGCUUUGAUCAAUAUCUUUAUCAUGUUGGGCAAGAAUUUCAAGCAAAAUAUUAUAAAAAAUCGAGCUCUUUUUCCUAAAUUCAACGUUUGAUUAUUUGAAAUUUUAAAGAAGGGCGCAGUUAAUAAUUAUUUUAUGCUGGCAAUAGUAGCCUAGCGUAAUAAAAAUAUUAAAUUUAUUCUGAAAAGAGCAAACGAAACGUGGGCAAUGGGCAACUACAUUUUGGUUAGCUUACCGCGCUAUGUAUCGUCCAAAAUCAUUUUACAAUGUGAAAUAUAUAAGUUUGUGUGUUUAUCCUGA